AUGAAGAAUAAUUUAUCAAAAAUUACAUAUAUUGCUAUUACUGCCGAGUUUUGGAGUGAUAAAAAACAAAACUCCUAUUUAGGUUUAACUGCACAUUAUCGUCAUUAUUCAUCUAUUAUUGGUCGUGUAAUAGAAAAACAAUUAACUGAACUUCAAAUAUUUAAUAAAGUUACAACAAUAACGUGCGAUGGAGCACCAAACAUAGUUGGUUUAUUUGAUUAUUUUAGUCGAACUGGUAUUAAUCGCAUCAAUAAUAUUGAAGAAUGCAAUCAAGGUGAUAAUGAAUUAGAAUCAGCAACAACAGAUAGUUCAACAAGUGAUCAACAAAGUGAUGAAGACGAAUCUGAAGAUGAUGAAGAUGAAGAAAGUGAUCUUGAAGAUAACUUCCAAUAG